AUGUCGACUCCAUUCCAAGACCUCGAUCCAGCCGGCGUUUCGCCCGAGGAUCGCGUGAAUGCGCUUCGAGGCUACAAGGCUACAACGAACAAUCCCCGCGUCUCGGAAGAAGCGAAACAGCAUGCCCGCGAAAUGAUUGAUGCUCUCGGCGGCGAUCAGCCGCGCGCCGAGAUGAAGCAGUUCGAUCGCGAGAAGGAUCAGACCCGUGUCGCGGGAGGAUUGAAAGCAGCAACUCAGAACCCCCGAAAUUCGGAAGCGGGCAAGGGCCGAGCACAGGAGAAGCUCCAACAGAUGGGCGGGCCUUCUGAGUAG